AUUGUGCUAUAAAUAUAAAAAUUGACUAUUUUGUUCUUAGAUAAUUAUAACAAGAUGUUAUCUGCAUCCUGUAUGAAAGCAAUCUUCAUCUUCGCCAUGAUUGGUUUCGUUUUUGGCGUCGAAAGUUAUAUGGACUAUGGAGAUGAAAUAUCAGAUAAAACACCAGCGGAAAAUAUUCACGAACUUUAUAGACUUUUACUACAACGCGCUGGUUUAGAAAAUCCUGGAUAUAAUGAAGCUCCAUUCGAACAUUUAAUGAUUCGUAAAUCUCAGCGAUCACCUUCAUUGCGCUUGCGUUUUGGACGUUCAGAUCCUCAUCUAGCUAUGCGACUACUAUCCAGACAAAUGAGCGCCAUUGCACCACCAAGAUUUGAAGAUAAUUAAGUAAAAAUGUAGUUUAUUCAUUUAUUUAUUUCUCCUUUUUAUGUACGCUAGCUGUAAACAUGAUAAUUAUUGACUG